GGAGGUGAUGAUGAAGGAAGAAGUGGCGAAGUUUCACACGACCUGUCAGAAAUCUGCUAAAGAGGAGGAUGAAGACUUCAGGGCUUGGCAGGCCAUGAUGCAAAGCCAUCGAUGGUCAGGGACCAAAUGGGACCCAGCCCACUGAAGCCAAUGUUGGUGCCGUGCCAGCGGCACAGCAGUGGCAACAAAAAACAGCUGCAGCCCUCGAGGAGGAUGAUGCAGAAGCGUUGCAGGAGAUGCUGGCGGUGAUGAAUCGAAAACCCGGGGAUGCCGGAAAUGGCGCACAAGCCGCAACAGUCCUGCCAGUGCCUGCGGCACCGACAAGAGAACCAAACAUUCCAGCGUCAGAACUGGAGGAAGAAGAUGCAAGAGCCCUGCAAGAGAUGCUGGCAGAGGUAAAUGGUGAACCAACACCAGUGCAGGUGCCACCAGUCGCCAUGAGUCAACCAGCGAUCCCAGAAUCAGAACUGGAGGAAGAAGAUGCGAAAGCGUUGCAGGAGAUGCUGGCUGUGAUGAACCGAAAGCCGUUUGAGGCAAAUGGAGCGACAGCACCAGUGCGUCCAGUGACUCCAGUGCCUCCAGUGCCUCCAGUGCCCACCACAGAAUCUGUGAAUGCAGCAUCAAUCCUUGAAGAUGAUGAAAAGGCGUUGCAGGAAAUGAUGGCCGUGAUGUCCCGAAAACCAUGUGAGGCAAAGAACGUGCCAGAGCCAGAGCCAAUGCUCAGUGAACCUGCAAGUGCAGCGUCAGCCUUUGAUGGAGAUGACGCAAAAGCAUUGCAGGACAUGAUGUCCGUGAUGAGCCGAAAUCCGCUUGAGGUCCAGGAGGAAGCUUUGUCUGAGCAAAGUGACGACACUGCUGAUCUUUGGGCUCAGAUGGAGGAAUUGGAAGACCAGGGUGCAACCCUGGAAGAGCAGGCUCGCAAGUUUGUGUCCUUGUGUAUGCCCAAAGGAAAGCUUUCAUCUCGUGAUGAGAAGAAAACCACCACUCACUUUUUCAUUGGUGAGUCAUUUGAUGCCGAGGAGGAGCAGGAAUUCGACAGUUUCUGGCUUGCCCUGGACGAAGAUCUCUGCAACGGUGCUGAGAUGAUGCCGCAGGUUCAGAAACUGCUGGACUGCUUCGCCAAGCCGAAAGGCGCCAAAAAUCCCAAGGGGCCACCCAUGAGCGCCCAGUGUUCACAUUUCUACAUUGGUGACGAGGUGGAAGUCACUGAAGUCACUGAAGUCACUGAAGUCUUCAACAGUACCCAAGAGCAAGAUCAGCAAGGCACCGUGCAGCAGUUUUACAUUGGAGAUGAGGAUGUGCCUGAGAUGAGCUUGCCUUGACAUGCCUUGACUCCAACAACUGGAGAAAAAGGAUGAAAA